GGCUGUGAGCAUGUCCACACACAGCCAGUGCCAUAUGACAGCGUUUCUAUGGUAACAAAAUUGUAAACACGAUUUCCCCAGUGCCUUGAAGUGAAGCUAACCUAGCUAGCCUAUACGUAUCCCAUUAAUUCUUAACAGUUAAAUUGUAGUAUUCGAAACAAUGCCCAAGAAGAAAGGAAAAAAUGGAAAGAAAAGUAAAGGAAAAGGAAAAAAAGAAGGCAAACAUGAGUCAAAAGCCGAUAAAGAGUCUGACAUUGAGAAGGCAAAGGCCAAUGCUGCUCUUUGGGAAGCCAGGCUGGAUGUCACUGAACACUCGCGCGUGGAGUACCGUGAAGCUACCCGCAGGUUGGCACGAGCCAAUGAAGAGCUCACUAACCAGCAGUAUCGUGCAGAGAAGGACACAGUUGACAUAAUUGCCUUCUUGAAGAGGAAAGAUGCUGAGAAAGAAGAAAAGAUUACAAGGCUAGAGGUGCAACUUAAAAGUAAAAAAAAACAAGCCCUUGAAGAAAAUGAACAACUGGUUGCAGAAUACACUCUUAAAAUCAAUGAGCUGGAGGAGAAGUUUGAGAAGAGAUCCAAUGAGUUCAGGAUGAUCCAGGGUGAACUGAAGACUAUCAAGGAGUUUCGGAAAAAGAAAGCCCAGAUGGAGCAGGAGCUCAAUAGUAUUAAAGAAAGCAUGUACAUUGCAGACAGAGAGCACAAGGAAAGCCUAGCUAGAAUGGAGCACAAAUUCUUCAGUGAAAAGGUUCGCCUAGAGAAAGAGGCCGAGCAGAGGAUCGCCCAGCUGGCUGAGAGGGCCCACAAUGAAGCCAUUGUUCAGUUGGAUGAUGCGUCACGCUCAGUGUUCAAGGAGAACGUUCGUCUCAGCGAGGCACUCAGCUGCCAUAUGAAGGAGGUAGAUGACCUGAGGAAGAUGACUGUGUCAUUGGCUGAGGAAAACACCUCCCUGGCACUGCAUAAGGAGACCAGUGAGCAGAUGAUGAAGGAGAAUGUGUCCCAGGUAAGGGCCCAGAAUGAGGAGAUAGCAGAGCUUAGGGGGAAGGUGGGGACCUUGGAGCAGGCCCUGGGGCUCAUGGUGGGGGAGUUUGAGAGAGACAAGGAGGAAACGCAGAACCGAGCCCUGGUCAGCACCCAGGCCGGCCAGGUGGAGCUGGAUAAGCUGCAGAAGGUGCUGGCCAUGAGGGAGAAGGAGAUGGGGCGAGUGAAGCGGCUGGCACGCAGCAUCGUGGAGCAGCGCACAGAGCUGGAGUGCUUCUUUCAGGAGGCUUUGGGCCAGGUGAAGCAAGAGAUCCAGGCCAGCCGGUUGCAGUACAGGCAGGAGGCCCUGGAGGCCUACCGCAGGAGGAUGAGUGAGGCUCGGUCAGGCAAGAAAGAGUACCCCCGCAUCCGCACCUUCCACAAAACCCCUCACAGCAGCAACAGUGUCUAUACCGACCUGGAAGAGGCAGAGAAGUGGAAUAAUCUCCAGAGCAACAAGGUUGACAUAUCUGAACUCACAUGGGAGCAGAAGGAGAAAGUGCUUAGACUGCUGUUUGCCAAAAUGAACGGACAGAAAGCAAGCAGGAAACUGAGUCAACCUUUGGCGUUGUCUGUGUCCCCAGAGAGGAACCAGAACAACAUUGAUCCUGGAAUUACAGAGGAGACAUCCCAUGUGACCUUCAUCACCCAGGCGCCUGUGUCCAACCUGCCCUCGAACCCCAGCGCCCUGCCGGAUAUCCAGACCACAUGACCUAUCCGUGCAGUGUUAGUCGGUCUGAGAAAUGUGCUGGUCUAUAUGAAGUGUCUCCAGAAUUAUGUGGAUGGUUAUGUGAAAAAUGUGUCUAUGGU